UUGAAAAGGCAUCCGGGGCUGAGUGUGCGCCCUGGGCGCAUCGAGUCGCGCUGGCCCCGGACCCCCUGCGCGGGCAGCAGSCGCCGCCGCCCGGACUCGGCUUGCCGAGGGACGGGGCUUCCCUCUGGGAGCGGGAACAGCCAUCCCUGUGUCCCGGGCACCUCUGCCCCGUGCUCUCCACUCCCGGGGGCACCUCCGUGCCGUGGGAUCCCGCCGUGACCCCGGCUGGGGGAGCACGGUGUGGCCCCGCGCCUGCCGGGCAGCGUAAGAGGGAAAGGGGGAGGCUGUAGGAAAACCCCGUUCUUGCAAAAAUGCAGCUCGCUCUUUUCUUGUCCUGGUGCUGCUGCCUGCACGGAUGCGCGCUGGGCACUGGCUUCCUCUAUCAAUUCCCAGCAUCAACCCUGCAGCACAACUACCCGGAGCAGAGCUCCGGCUCGCCGGGCAGCGGCUUCGCCAGUCGCCGGCACUGGUGUCACUACACAGUCACAAGGACAGUCUCCUGCCAGGUGCAGAACGGCUCAGAAACGGUGAUCCAGAGAGUUUAUCAGAGCUGCCGGUGGCCAGGACCUUGYGCCAACUUAGUGAGUUACAGGACUCUCAUCAGGCCCACCUACAAAAUGUCCUACAGAACGGUGACCACGCUGGAGUGGAGGUGCUGUCCUGGCUUCACGGGGAGCAACUGUGAGGAGG